AUGAUCCAGACUGUUGAAAAUAAAGAAGAAAUAAUUAAAAACUCUGUUAAUCAUAUUUGGAAAGCAACUGAAGGCAAAGUUGCUACUAUUACUUUCGAUGACCCAUUAAACUCAGCAACAAUAACCUUAAAUAAUGGCAACAAAACUAUUUUAAAUUUGGAUGUGCCAGGAGUGGUUCUUGUAAAUGAAGAAAUUUUUAGGAAGAUAGUAAAUGUGGUUGACAGAUCUAACAGAAAAGAACCUAUUAUAAUUGACGAAGUAGAAAUAAGGCUUCAAGAAAGUGCAACUCAAAGUUCUAGUUUUGAAAUAGAGGAAGACUGUACAAAUAAAAAAUCAAGUCCUUUAGAUGAUUCAGAAGCUUCUGUAGACCAACCUUUAAACUAUAAAGAAAGUGAUGAUAAUGCUAUCGAGAAGAAUCGAGGAAAUGAAAUUCAAGGUUUGAAUUCUAGUAUUCAGGAAUACGAUAACCCACAAUCUGAUGAGUAUUAUGACUCGAUAGAAGAAGCAGAUGAACAAAGAUUUAAUGAGAUAACAUCAAGGUUAACGAAAAGUAACUCCGGUGAUAAGUACAAAUUCCAAAUAAAUAAUCAAUUUAAAGCUUCAAAAAAUAAAAUUGAAAAAAAUAAUUCUAAAAUUGGAAAAGUCGAUAAGAAACCGUCUGUAACCCAAAGCAGCCAUCCUAGUAAGGAAACAAACCUUUCACACUCUAAAAUUGUUGAUACUGAAACAAGUGUUGAAGGAAGCAAUAGAAAUGAUGUGCUUGCAAUUUCAUCAAUUAUUAACGGUCAAGAGUCAUCUACCCCACCACUAAAUAUUACCAAAAAAAAUUCAUCAGAUGUAUGUAUUAAUGCAUUAUCAGAUAAUGAGUCAACAUUUUCAAUAGUAAAUUUGGCAAAACAAUCUAGUGAUUCAUUUCCUACCGCUACUGCUACAAAUAAUACUGAAUUUUUGCGCGGUAAUAAUCGGAAGGAAAAACAAAGAAUGCAAUAUUCUCCGACUGAAACUGAUCUUGAUGGUAUGUUAGUAGAUAUAUUUUUCAAACAUGCAUAUUCAAAAUUACAAAUUGAUAUAACUUCUAAAACGAUUAGAGCAUGA